AUGGCGCUGCGUUCUCUGCUGACGAAGGUGCCGGCCCUUGGUCUCAGGUCUCGGGGGCCCGUCCACGCGCUCUCGCCGCCGCCGGCUGCUCGGCUUUUGUCCAGUGGUGGUCCGGGGGGACAAAUCAUUUCUGAAGGAAGUCCUACUACCAUAUAUUCUGAAGAAGUAAAAGCCCUGGAAACAGACUGCGAAAGGCUCCAGGAGAAGAUACACAGGGACAUGGAUAGUUUUUCUGAACUUCUGAGGUCUGAUGCUGAAUAUUAUCGAAGGCUUACCAAGCAACUUAAAAUGGUGGACACUGCAUGUGGUGCUGCUAUAGUCCUGGGUGUGUCGGCAGCAGUUUUUAUGACGGUUAUUUGA